CGCGGCCUCGCCCUCACCCUCCGCCCCUGCGCCUGUACCGCGUAGGCCGCCCCCCCGCGCGCACCCAGUAGACGACCCCCGCCCGCACCCCGGCCGGCCCCCCCCUUUCCCAGAUUUAAAGGGGGCGCAGCAUUAACGCCUCCCGCCCCAGGUGACCUCUCAGGGGUCUCCCCGCCAGAGGUGCCCUGCCGCCGAGGAACAUGGCGAAGGUGGAGCAGGUCCUGAGCCUCGAGCCGCAGCACGAGCUCAAAUUCCGAGGCCCCUUCACCGACGUUGUCACCACCAACCUGAAGCUGGGCAACCCGACAGACCGAAAUGUGUGCUUUAAAGUAAAGACCACGGCACCGCGGAGGUACUGUGUGAGGCCCAACAGUGGGAUCAUCGAUGCGGGAACCUCCAUCAAUGUGUCUGUGAUGUUGCAGCCUUUCGAUUAUGACCCCAAUGAGAAAAGCAAACACAAGUUUAUGGUUCAGUCUAUGUUUGCUCCGACUGACACUUCUGAUAUGGAAGCGGUAUGGAAGGAGGCAAAACCGGAAGACCUUAUGGAUUCAAAACUUAGAUGUGUGUUUGAAUUGCCAGCAGAAAAUGAUAAACCACAUGAUGUAGAGAUAAAUAAAAUUAUAUCCACAACUGCAUCAAAGACAGAAACACCAACGGCGUCUAAAGCUCUGAGUUCUUCUUUGGAUGACACUGAAGUUAAGAAGGUGAUGGAGGAGUGUAAGAGGCUGCAAGGUGAAGUUCAGAGGCUACGGGAGGAGAACAAGCAGUUCAAGGAAGAAGAUGGACUUCGGAUGAGGAAGACAGUGCAGAGCAACAGCCCUGUUCCUGCAUUAGCCACGGCUGGGAAGGAGGAGGGCCUCAGCACCCGGCUGCUGGCGCUGGUGGUCCUGUUCUUCAUCGUCGGCGUGAUCAUAGGGAAGAUCGCCUUGUAGGGCAGCAUGCUGGCGACGGCUCGUUGGAUUGAGGAUCCGCCACGUCAUGGGGUCUAAAUUUAUCAUAACCACGUGUAAACAGAAUUAAUGUAUGAUGACAUCUCACAAGUCUUGCCUUUAAAUUACCCCUCCCCGCGCGCGUGUGCGCACACACCCCAACACACAGGUAGAACAUAAUAUAACAAUCUUUUAGAAAGUUAAAAUGCAUAGUAAAUGGGGAAAAGAAUGAUCCUUAUUAAUGACAAGGGAAACCAUGAUUAAACGAUAAUGGCAUGUUGUCCGUGUCAUUCUAAACGUUUGUCGCCUUGGUCCCUGUUGCUGGAUUACCUCUCUUAGAACACGACUCUCUUCCUUGCCUGGGGGUGCUGUCCUCGGGGCGCCGGCCCAGCGCGGAGGGGAGGGCCGCACCCCCGUCGUCGUCGUCCCCUGUGCUGCUCACUCACCCAGGCUGCUUUCCCGCGGUCUGUCCAGGCCAUCAGUUCUUUGGGACUGACGAACAGAGUCUGAAGCCGAAAAGAACGGCGCGUCGGGUGCGCGCGCCCAGAGAGGGAGGCGCGCGUUGGCCAACUGCCCAGUGCUCUGCAAAUCCGAGUCAAGGCUUUGUUCUCCUUCAGGGACCAAGCUAGAUUCCUGUCGGUUCAUGUAGUGAGGUUGAAUUGUUACUCAGAGAUGUUUAAUGCAUAUUUAACUUAUUUAAUGUAUUUCAUCUCAUGUUUUCUCGUCACAAGACUAUAAUUAAUGCUGUGGCCUAAAGCUCGCCUGUGCUACCUGACAGUGCUGGGUGGGGCAGGCCGCGCUGCCCGAGUUUCCGGGCUCCACAUGGCCGAGGUGUGGCUUCUCUGAGUGACGGAGAGCAGCUGCCAGAAGGGGUCUUCCGUGUGAGUAAGUGACAGCCACCAGGGGGCAGGGGGUUCUCAGUAGCGCCAUCAACUCUGUGUGGCUCCUGUAAGUGGAGGAGAGCAGCCCUCCUCUCCUCUUCCUCCUUUCUCUGCCCCGUAACCACCACUCACACUUCCAGCCCACACGCCCCAGGUGUGAUCCUGUGGCCCUAGCUGGGGGUCACGGCAAGCGAGCCAGGCAGCAGAGGGGUCGGAGAGAGGGAACCAGCUGGGGAGGGGUGGGGACGGGGUGUGAGAAACUUAGAUAAUCCGUCAAGUAGCGAUUGAGAGUUUGACUGUGAAUUAAGUUGAUGCCGUAAAAGACCAAUCCAAUUCUGUUUGACUAUGUAGCAUCUUAAAAAGAGGAAAAUUAAAAUAAAGCCCCAGAAUUAAGAGUU